AUGGAUGUCGAUAUUCUCACCCUAUAUGGACCUGGGAUGUCAUUUUAUCGGUCGCAGAUUCAGUUGUCGUCUUCGAAAGAGAAUGGUAUAGUAGGAAAGGCGAAAUUGUCCUCACUAUCGAGAUACUCCUCAGCUCUUGAGUCGCUGAAGGUCAGCAAUCAGAACCUGGACCAUAAAAUGAGCACGCUACGCUCCAAUGUAUUCCGACUCAAAACCGAUUUGUCGAAGCUCCAGCGCCACGUUAGGGCGUUUCAUAAUGAGCUCUUGACCACAUGGCAGGCUGACACGCUUACCCGGCUGGUUGAAGUUGUCUACGAGCGACAAAAUUGGAAGUUACCAGGAGGGGUCGCUGUCGGUGAUCACAUCCACUUGAGCCGCGAGAGACAGUCACGCAUCUUGGCCACUGCUGCGAGGAGGAUCAGAAAGCCGAUACUGAGAAAGAAUUUUGGGCUCUCGGUGCAGUACUACUCGGCUCUACAGAGAUACGACGAGAUUGUCCACCUGCGCAGUACGAACGCUUUUCGGACGGAAUGCACAUUUGCUCGAAGACUAGUCUCAGAAAAGGAGAAUCACUGGGGCAUGUAUCGAUUUUGGGGGGCACUGUUUCCUCUCUGCUAUAGUCGGUCUGUGGAGGAGAGCGCCGAAAUAUUCUGA